AUGUCUUCGACGGUAGCGACUGCGACUGCGACUACUACUGGUGGCGCUAAGAAGAAGCACAUAUGCGGGACGUGCGACCGCGCGUUUACGACGAGCGGCCAUCUCGCACGGCACUCGCGUGUCCACACUGGGGAGCGGAACCACAAGUGUCCGUUCCCAGGCUGUGAGACGAGGUGUUCGAGGCAGGACAACCUCCAACAGCAUUAUCGUAUCCAUCUCUCUCCGGGCUCGCGGCGCAACUCUGCGCGCUCCGUCAUCUCACGCGUCAUGAACAGUCCCACGGGUGGCGGUGCUAAACGCGGCGUGUCCCCUCCUCCUGCUCUAGAACCUGCGAGGCUGUACGCCCACCACUCCCAAUCCCCGCCUGACUCCCCACCGCCGCUCACACAAGCCACGCUCCCCGCCACCGCCGCCGCCCUCCGGUCCUCCGAGCCCGCCUCUCCCGAUUCGCCCUACUCCCAUCUCUCCAUGCCGCCCACCCCGACGUCCGCUACGAAUUAUUCAUAUCGGAAUGGCACGUCUACGUAUCAGGAGCAGCCUGGCUCGGGGUACACCUAUGUCCACACGACACCUUCUCCCCCGACACAGUACUACGAGGUCGCUUCUUCGGGGGCGUCCUCGCGGCAUUCUAUAUCCCAUAUCUCCCCUCCCUCGCCAGAGAGCAAUAGUUCUGGGCCCACCGACACCUGCGUCCUAUCCUGCGGUGUACGACCAGGCGGAGUACCGGUACGAGAGCCCCCCCACCGGUGUUGGCUCCCAUACAGGGCGGGCGGAGAGAUUCCCCUGGGUGUUGGCAGAGAGGCCACUAUAUCCAUCCAGCCCCAGGCCCGUAUGACCAGCAGAUGUGAGUCUAGGUCACGGGCGUGGAAAGGCGGCUUGAAAGGCGGUUGGUCCAACAAACAUAACAUAGAAGCGGUGGAGUAA